CUCGAGGUCUCCUUGAGGAAGCUCGAGCGAACUGACAGCUUGAGGUUUUUUUUUUUCAAUUUAACGAAGUGACCGCCUUCGGGCGCCGCUUCAUAAUAACAACAACAAUAAUUAUUAUUUUUAUUGUGAAACGCUAGUAGUUGUAAUUCAUAUAUUUUCUUUCCAAGGCCGUGUUUUCUUGUCCUCACGUAUUUUAUGCGCGCACGGCGAACCGCAGCUUCUCGGCGAUGCCCGCCGCUCUCAGGCGAGGUCCGUGUGUCUGAGCUGGCAGACUCGCCCGCCCACGGCAGCCCGGCUUCAGCUGACGUGAGGUGCUGUGAUACCUGCGCCAGGUAAGAGGAGAGAGGAGGAAGCCCCAACCCUUGCCCCCCCGUAGCCUACCCAGAGUGCAGCGCUGCAAUUAUGGCCAGCCCCAGAAGCAGCCCCCCACCUCCCUCGGACUCGGAUCCAGCAGGAAGCCCAGAGCAGGACCCCGAGAGAUCCCUGUCACCUCCUGCCCUGGACCCAGAUCCCCCAUCCACUGGUAGCCCCGUCCUCAGCCCUGACUCCUCCUCCCAAGAUGCUAUGCUGUCGGCGCCGGCCUGCUCCCCUGCCGACUCGGAGAACCUGAGCCCUGAUGAGCUUGAACUGCUGGCCAAGCUGGAGGAGCAGAACAGGCUUUUGGAGGCAGACUCCAAGUCCAUGCGCUCCAUGAGUGGCUCCCGGCGGAACAGUGGCUCUUCGCUAGUGUCCAGCUCCUCCGCCUCCAGCAACCUCAGCCACCUGGAGGAGGACACCUGGAUCCUGUGGGGCCGCAUCGUCAACGAGUGGGAGGAGUGGAGACGCAAGAAGGACAAGCUGCUCAAGGAGCUGAUCCGCAAGGGCAUCCCCCACCACUUCCGGGCCAUCGUCUGGCAGCUGCUGUGCAACGCGACCGACAUGCCGGUGAAGAACCAGUACUCGGAGCUGCUGAAGAUGUCCUCUCCAUGCGAGAAGCUGAUCCGCCGGGACAUUGCACGCACCUACCCCGAGCACGACUUCUUCAAGGGCCAGGACAGCCUGGGCCAGGAGGUGCUCUUCAAUGUCAUGAAGGCCUACUCCUUGGUGGACCGGGAGGUGGGCUACUGCCAGGGCAGCGCGUUCAUCGUGGGACUGCUGCUCAUGCAGAUGCCGGAGGAGGAGGCCUUCUGUGUGUUUGUGCGUCUGAUGCAGGAGUACAGGCUGAGGGAGCUCUUCAAGCCCAGCAUGGCUGAGCUGGGACUGUGCAUCUACCAGUUUGAGUACUUGCUGCAGGGGCUGGAGAUUAUUUUCCGUGUGGGGAUGGCCAUUCUACAGAACAACCAGACUGACCUCAUUCAGCUGGACAUGGAGGGAAUGUCCCAGCACUUCCAGAAGGUCAUCCCCCACCAGUUCGACAACUGGCCCGACAAGCUCAUCCUGAGGGCCUACCAGGUCAAAUACAACCCCAAGAGGAUGAAAAAGCUAGAGAAGGAGUACACCACCAUCAAGAACAAAGAGAUGGAGGAGCAGAUAGAGAUCAAGAGGCUGCGCACGGAGAACCGACUCCUGAAGCAGAGGAUUGAGACCCUGGAGAAGGAGAGUGCCGCUUUGGCAGACAGACUGAUCCAGGGUCAGGUCACGCGAGCUCUGGAGGCAGAGGAGAACUAUGUGAUCAAGAGGGAGUUGGCAGUGGUGCGGCAGCAGUGCAGCACAGCCAGCGAGAGCCUGGAGAGAGCGCAGGACACCAUCAGGGAGCUGCAGCAGCACCAGUACACAGAGCAGUUUGUCAGUGGCUUGCAGACCGAGCUGGAGCAGUCCACUGACCCAUCUGCCAUGCAGCCCUGA